UGUCAUGCUUGCGGUGUUUUGGUUAUUUGUUUGUUUACAAUGAUCGCCGAUUUUGAUACUCAUGUACGUGAUACGAAUCGACGAUUUGCAGCCGUGCACAUUUCUGUCGAUCAAGACUGGUUAGGUGGAUGUGUGGAAUGGUUCUUGUCCGAAACGCCACGAAUAUCCAAUGAAAAUUUGUAUAAAAAUGCUUACGAGCAAUGGUUGUUAAGUGAUUUGGCCGAGAGUGGAGUAAAAUGCCUCCCACAGUCUGUGCUAAGCAAUAAAAAUGAAUUCAAAUUCACGGGAAACUAUGCACUGCAGAUGCAAUACGUAAUUGACAUUGCCGAAUCAGCUUAUGAACAAUACAGAACCAUUCACGAUAAAAAAUUGGAUGAAGCCGAAGAACCUGAAACGGAGCAGCGUCAACGCAACAUUAGCAAAAAGCGAAGGACGUUAAAGCUUGAACUGACCGAUGGCCACACUACCGUCACUGCAAUGGAACAUUGUCCCAUUCCGUGCUUAAAUACCAAAAUGGUUCCCGGAAUAAAGAUUUUGAUAAAAGGUUCAAUGCGGUGUGUCAACAAAGUAUUGUUUCUGCAACCGGGAAACGUCACAGUAUUGGGAGGUGAAGUUGAAAAACUGUCGAUCGAAAAUGCCUACGAAAAUGUUCUGCUCAAGGCGAUGGGGCGUCCGAUAACGUCUACACCGAGAUUAGACUAUAAAGAAACUACCGUUGCGGAACAACACAAACCAACACUAAUUAUGCCACCAGCACCGCCACCAGUGGUGCAUCAUAAUCCACAAACCCCACGGAAUAUCAUGCACGACGAUGACGACGAUUUAUUCUCUAAUCUGGACAUCGAUUACCUGAACACAAAUGUCGCGACGAACCAAUCGAUUCGUGUACAACAGAACUCAAAUGUAGCAGCGAAUCAACCGACUGCUGUGCAACAGAGCAAUCCAACGACUAACGUUAACCAGUUCUUGGAUGACGACGACGAUAUUUUCUUUGAGGCGGAUAUUCCGGACGCUUCGGUAACUAAUAACAUUCCAAAAUCGAAUCACAACGCCUUCGAUGACGAUGAUGACUUUGAUGUGGCGGAAGUCGAAGCUAACAUUCAACUCAACCUUCGGAAUGAGGAACGUAGACACGUGAGCAGUAAUGCAAUUACGGAAUCGUCGUUGAGAUCGACUGUGGAAGCGACCCAGAAUCAACUUGAUUUCGAUUCGGACAUCGACGAAAUGUUUUCCAGAAACAGUGUGAUAGAACGGGCCGUUGACGAAUUUAAGAUCGCUGGUUGUCCGUUGGUUACAAUUUUGCAGUUACAUUCACUUGAUGACAGCGAGAAGAGCGAACGAUCGUUUGUGGUGAAAUGUGAGAUAUUUAAGACUGUCGAGAGCAUUCGGAUUGUGUCGAAUCGAUAUGAGAUUGUGGUGCUGAUCACAGAUUCAACCGGUUUGCAGUUGGAGGUAAAGGUGAAUAACGAUGUCAUCGCCGAUUGGGCCGACGUAACUGCCGAAGAACUACAACGGAUGAGACAGACGAUAAAUCAGCGACCGCAACAACGACAACAAAUGGAGAAUAUUUUGAAGAAAUUGUCCGACACAAUGACUGCGUUCGACGGUUUUAUGCGCAUCGAAUAUUCGCACAAAAAUCAAAUGCCCGAAGUAACGGAAGUGAUCGAAAGCAAGGCGGAAUAUGAAGAAAUUUUACGGAAGAAAUUGGCCAAAAGGAUUUGAAAUAAAAGCCAGCCGAAGCGUUUUGUUUGGUAAAAAUUUUUGAUUUCUUUCAUUUAUCACCUGUCUCCUGGACAAUAUUCGUACAGUCACAACAAUAAUAAUUACAUACGGGGGCGUUAGGCUAUGCCUUAGAGUCUAAGAAAACUUAAAAAUAAUGAAACA